AUGAGUGUUCGGGAGUACGGUCUUCAGUUUGAUUAUGCUCCCACUAUUAUGUCUAAGAUGGAGGAUCACAUUCACCGGUUUGUGAUGGGGUUAGAGCAGCACUUGCUUAACAAUCGUAUGUCGAUCUCACUUCCGGCAUACAUGGAUAUUUCUCGUAUUCAGGCAUACGCUCAGGGUGUAGAGGAGUUUAUGCAGAAGCAAAGGGCCACUCGUGAGCAUGAUAGGGACAAGAAUAAGAGAGCGAUAUCUUCGGGUCCUUCUGGGCCUGGUCAGAAUUUCAGGGCCUCAGGUUCUCAGUAUAGAGGUGAGUCAAGUCAGAUGAGGCCGCCCUUGCCACGAUGUGCUCAGUAUGGUAAGCAGCAUGCCGGGCAGUGCCGUAUGGGGUUGGGUGUUUGUUAUACUUGUGGUUAUCCAGGCCAUGUUACGAGGGAUUGUCCGAUAAGAGGUGAUGCAAGCAUAGCUCAGCCAGUGGGAUCUGUAGCUGGUUUGUCAUCAUUAGUACGCCCCCUUGGGCAAGGUUCACAAGUACCAAUGAGUCGUGGUAGUGGCAGAGGCGAAGCAUCUAGCUCGAGCGGUCCUCAGAACCGCAUUUAUGCGUUGGCAGGAUGA